CGUCCCAUGAGCUGAUGGCCUUGCUGCUUGGGCUCCUGCUGGUGGAAAUUGGGUCGCUGGCAUUCUAUGCAUAUAAGUGACCACUUGACUAGUUUCUUGUAAUAGUUGCAUAGAAACGCAAAUGUAGUUGGAUCAAAUAUAUACAUAUCUCAGUUGGCUAGCCAACUUAAGAAGUUGCACAGUGAGGGCUAAUCCGUUGCACAAUCGAUGGUAUUCAGAUGGAUAUUAUGUAAACUAUGUUCAAGCAGUGUGUGCUUUUUGGUUGCACAGUCAUGUGUGCUUUGUUGUCAAGGGUAUGUGUUCAUGCAAGAGUUUGCAGAUCAAAGCAGUAUAUAUCCUAGUCCGCUGCGCUUAGUCACACUUUGUAGAGGGAAGGUAUAUGUACUUGCAAGGUUGGCGGCUAGUUUAGUUUUGGCUCCAGUGCCUGAAUCAUGUUCAGGCAGUGUGUAUGCUGAUUUUUUGGCUGCACACUCAUGUGUGCCCUGUUGGCCAUAAAGUGCAUCAAGUUGCACACAUUUUGUUUUAUUUUGUAGGUGUGCUUUGAAAAAUCAGCAUUAGUUGUUUACUUCAUGGCAACUUUUUUUAUAUCAAUUGUUUUUGCUCAUUUUUUCUUUUAUACAUUUGGUUUGGUUGCUUCGACUAAUUUGCUUGUAUACAUUUUUUUCACAGACCAAAAAUGGUUGUAGAAGGAGAUGCGAUUCCAAGUGAAGGAGAGGGGUCUACAAACCAUUCUUCUCGGCGAAACUCGAAACGGCCGCCGAGCGGUAGCCGUGUCGUGCUGAUAUCGACGGGGAGGCAGAGGAUGAUGAGGUCGGUGAUCAAUUCCACUUUGUGAAACGGCAAAAAUGGAAGGCGACCAUGCAUGUGGAAGUUGUAGCUGGAGCUGGCACAUCAUGUGGGUUCUCGUUCAGUUUGCCACAGGGGAUCUAGGGAUGCUUUUGUUAGACCAAAAUGGCUAGAGAAGGAGAUGUGCCUGACAAUGAAACAGAGGGUUAUGCAAAUCCCAUCUCACGACGGAACUCAAAAAGGGCUGCUAAGCGGCAGCCGCAUGGCGAUGAUAAGGACGGGGAUGAAGAGGGUGACGAUGGUGUCGAAAGAUUCCUCUUAGUAAAACUGCAGAGAAGAAAGGUGCGCACGGAGGCAGUAUCCAAAGGGAUAGAUGCCACAUCUUCUGCAGCAGUCGCUGAGCUACUUUUGCAAGGAGAAAUUUGGUUAGGGGGGAAAGGGGAAGUCAAGGAGGAAGGAUCUGAACAGGAGGAGAAAGGAUCACCUCCUUUUCACCCUUGUUGGUGCUGCCUGGUAUUUUCUGAUAUCUCUGGCGAUGGAGAUCCAGACCUGGGAACCCCUUGUUCAUCAGGGAAGAAGGUGGGGGCUUGGGGAAAAGAAGUUGGUGGCCAGGAGGGUGUGAGAGCUUCUGAAGGGGAUGGGAGGGCAUGUGAUGGCUCGAGGACUGCGUCCAAUGCGUGGUUUGUUGAGUUGAUGGUGAACUCACAUCAUGAGAAAUCUGAUCAUGAGGAGGACAAUGAACUUUCGGUGGAUCUGGAGAUAAGUGAUGAUUUGCGUAUCCAUCUAAUGUCGAUCAAGGGAGCCAACAGAAAGCUUGGGACAAGGGUUGAGGAAUUGUCUGCAAAUAUUGUAGGUGUCGAGAAUAGGUUGAACGAGCGUUUAACUGUCAGCGACCGACAACGCACUGAUAGUCUAUAG